UAUAACAGGAGCACUGAAGAGUUAGACCUGCAUCUGAACUUCUGCAUUCACAUGCAUGCAAAGUUAUACAGGGAAUGAAACCCGGUAUGUGCAGAAUAAUUUACGAGGAAGCAGCGUGUAAUUAUAGUGCGGCUUUUCGCAUGAACUUAUUUUCAGUUCUUGUUCUGGAGUUUGUAUACAGUGCGUAUUUACUCACCAAAUGCAACAACUUCAACAGACUUUAACCUGUCCGUGCCAAAGACCCUCUGUGAUGAAGUGACCAGUGGUGAUCUCUUUACAUUUUGUUCUUUAAAACCUACCAGAAGUCCUUCGUGACCAUUAUCAUCAUCAGAUGCUGUUGAUAUGAAGCAGAUUAAGCCCACCAGGAUCCAAUCAGAGACUCACUUUAUAACAGCAGGGAGAGUACGCCCGGCCAAUCGACAGCCGCCCUCAUUGGACAAUCUACCCGAGCAGUAUCUGAUUGGACAGUGGCCGAGAGAGGUGAACCAACCCCAGCCGUCCUGUAUGAGUGAUAAAGCCACACAGACACCAGGCUUUUGGAGUGAAGAUGAAGGUGAAGUGAAAAUACACAAGCGCUCAGCAUCAUGGGGCAGUGCUGACCACCUUAUAGAGAUUGCUAAACUCCGUCAGCAGCUGCAGCGCAGUUUGCAGGGAAGUCGCAGUAUCAAGGAGAAAGAAGAUGGGAUGUUCACGCAGUCGAACCAGGCUCAGCCAAAGCUGCUCUCGUCAUCUUCAUCUAAUAUGGUGCUCUCAAGACCCGUCAUAUAUAGAAUGCCCAGCUAUAGUGACUGUAUUAAUCAAGAGCUGGAGAAUGUGUUUGUCUGUGACAACGGGGGGAGGAAGCACGACAAGGCUCUGGAGGUGCGAGAUGGCGGUCGUGCUCCUGUUCCUCUUCUUCAUCCCAGUGAUGUUCACACUCACAGCGUGGAGGCGCAGCUCACCUGCAGUCCCUGUUACUGCUGCUCUCCCACUGCAGACUCUGAGACAGAUUUCAGGAGCGGUUCACCUCUCCCUCAGCUCGCCAGCUCCCCAAAACCCAACAACAGUUAUAUGUUUAAACGGGAGCCUCCCGAGGGCUGCGAGAGAGUCAAAGUGUUUGAAGAUAUUGUCACUUGUAGGACACAAGGCUUCCCAAUCUUCUCCUGCCCAGAUAGAAACAAGGUGAACUUCUCUCCGAGCGGAUCAGCGUUCUGUCCCGUAAAGCUGCUCUGUUCGUCUCUUUUCCCAGGAGACACCGCUGCUUGUUCCAGCUCUCUGGAUAAUCAGACUACAGGACAAACAUCUGGUCUGUUUACAGGGGCCACGGUUCAAAAUGGCUGCAGUAUUAGAAAGUGCCUGCUGCUCAGUUAG